GGGGGCGGGCCUUAUGGCGGACGCCAGCCAAUGUCGUGCUACGUUUGUAGGAGGUUACGUAGCAUUAGUUGCAUCCGGGUGAGCAUAUCGAGUCUGUUUAGUUUCUCACGGUGGGACUUUCAGUUAAAGCUGUGUGGAUUGUUCUCCUGCAGGCACGCUCACAGGUUCAUACCUCAGGCUUGGCUCGUAGACUUCAGGAUGUACGGAUCUGUUCGGGUGUUGUUGAAGGUGCUGUGGGCCCAGCUGCUCUGUGGGUGGGUGCUGGGCUCCGAGCUCACCUUUGAGCUGCCCGACAACGCAAAGCAGUGUUUCUACGAGGACAUCAUAAUGGGCACCAAGUGCACACUGGAGUUUCAGGUGGUGACUGGUGGUCAUUAUGAUGUAGACUGUCGUUUGGAGGACCCCGAAGGAACUACACUCUACAAGGAGAUGAAGAAGCAAUAUGACAGCUUUACGUUUACAGCAGCAAAGAACGGCACCUACAAGUUCUGCUUCAGCAACGAGUUCUCCACCUUCACACACAAGACUGUUUACUUUGACUUCCAGGUUGGAGAUGACCCUCCACUCUUCCCCAAUGAAAACAGAGUCACUGCUCUUACCCAGAUGGAAUCAGCGUGCGUGUCCAUCCACGAGGCCCUGAAGUCCAUCAUCGACUACCAGACACACUUCCGCCUCAGGGAGGCCCAGGGACGCAGCCGGGCAGAGGACCUCAACACUCGGGUCGCCUUCUGGUCCAUCGGUGAAGCAAUCAUCCUUCUGGUGGUCAGCAUCAGUCAGGUGGUCCUUCUUAGAAGCUUCUUCUCUGACAAGAAGACCACUACAACACGGGUCGGAUCCUAACAGUGUCUGAGCUCUGGGAUCUGAUUGAUUACUUUCUUUAUCUGUAACUGGGCUCAUGUGCAUAAAAGGAGUCAAAAUAUCAGUGCUGAUCUGAAAAUUAUUAAACUGCUACGUCCUACAAUCUGUCAUCCACAUACAGCACUGGUAUUUUCACUAACUUUAUGCAAUUCAGUCUUGGGCUGUUUUGUGUUCAAACUGUUAUUGAGGGGUAAAAGAAACCCAGAAGAGAGACUUGCUUUUGUUGCUUGUAACUAUAUGAGGGUAGUUAAAGCAGUUGGUUGUAUAGAAAAAGCCACCCUUAAAUACUUCAAAUAUUUGAGAUAAUUUCUAAACAUGUUCUUAUUUUAUUUGAGUCCUUUUGUACCCUUAACUAGUUCAAGUUUCAGCCUAAACUGUGUUCUGAUAUUUUCCAAAAGAGUGGAAGUUGUGAGUUACAGAGUUGAGGAUUUUUUUGUCCUCAUCUGAAGAGCAUUGGGUCUUUGAAACCACUCAGGCAAGAAAAGGUUUGUUUUCACUUUAAGUUUGCAUUUGGUUGUUAAAAUCCCUUUGUUAUUAAACCUCACUGUAUGGGGGAGCACGACUUGGUAAUGUGUGUGCUUUUAUCAGCUUUGUCAUUUUAGAAGUUAUUAUGUUGUACAGAGUUUGAGCCACCUUUAAUCUUAUUGUAACUCGAGGCAGUUUCAGAAUUUAGAGAUAGAGAUGGUCUCCCCUAAAAACUGAACUCUAAAUUAGUUUUGGAUUUAAGCUGAAUUAUCUUCAAAAUAGUUAAAGAUACAGUAAGGGACUUCAUUUUGAAAUUCAUGUUGAUUAUCAAAAGAAAUAAAACAACAUUCUUGUGACUACAUGACACACUGUGUGGUCAGUUACAACAAUUUCUACAGCAACUUGUUAUAAAUGUUCUUUCACUGCUUCCUGGCAAUGUAAAAUCAAAUUCUGUCUUUUCUGUUUGAAGUGUGACAUCGUAUUUAUCUUUUGGGCUGAUGUUGUCCUCUUGGUUUUAAAAGCACUGUACAAUUUGCAAAAAAAUAUUGCUUGAAUAUAAAAUGAUCUUAGUCUCUCUGA